AAAUCUUGAAGUAUAUACCAUCUACGUUACAAUCAAGCAACCCAGAGAAAAGAACCGAGUACCUCAACAUGGAUCCGCAAUAUUAUUUUUAUUUUUUGCCUAUAUUUGUUUAAUUAUUAUAUUUUUACCAGUAUAGUGACGGCGCCCCUAUAUCAAUAUGGAUAUCGUUCCUACAAUAUAGGAUCCUCUUCCUCAUUGACCCAUCACAGAUGGAUAGGAACAAGAUAGCAGAAACUAUUCUAAAUCUCACCUUAGAGAUACUUUUAUGGCUUACAGGAGAGGAUUACACAGUAGUGAAGAAGACCUCUAGUGAGAGCUGUAAAGCCUCAGGAAGAACUCUGAACCCAAUCACAGAGCCUUCACCUCAGUCUCUGAUACAGGAGGAAAUCAAUGAACAGAAGAUCAUAGAACUCGCCAACAAGAUCCUUAUGAUGUUGACUGGAGAGGUUCCUAUAAGGUGUGAAGAUGUCGCUGUCUUUUUCUCCAUGGAGGAGUGGGGUUAUUUAGAAGGACAAAAAGAUCUAUACAAUGAUGUAAUGAUGGAGAUUCAUCAGUCCUGCACAUCACCAGUUAGGUCCAGCAAGAUAGGAACACCCGGGAGAUGUCCUAGUCCUUCACAAAAUUGUUCAGAAGAAAAUCACAAUUUACCAUGGAAUUAUCAGGCUAAAUAUCUAAACAAUGUAGCUGCCAUAAUGGAAAAAGAAGAGAUGUAUGUGAAAAGAGAUCAGCAGUGUGAGGGAAACAUUCCUAUAUAUAACCACCAUGGUGGGUUGUCUAGGAGCUCAGAGGGACAUCCAAUCUCUCCUGGAUUUAAAUCAGAUGAUUGUUAUAUAACUGAACAUAUAUAUGAAGAACAUCUAAUGUACCUAGAUGUACCUUCAGAUCUUCCCAGCAAAGAUCUAUCAUCAGAGCCUUUUGAACAGAUCAUAUCUUCUGAUUUAUUACAGACUGUUGGACAAAAUAAAAGCUACCAUAGUCUUGAACAUCCAACAGAUCACACAGGGGAGAAGCCAUUUUCAUGUUCAGAAUGUGGUAAAUGUUUUGCUCUCAAAAGAACUCUUGUUGUACAUCAAAUGACUCACACUGGGGAGAAACCAUUUUUAUGUUCAGAAUGUGGAAAAUGUUUUAAACAGAAAUCUGAUCUUGUUAGACAUCAGAGAAGUCACACAGGAGCAAAGCCGUUUUCUUGUUCGGAAUGUGGGAAAUGUUACAGCCUUAAAACAACUCUUGUUGAACAUCAAAGAACCCACACAGGGGAAAAGCCAUUUUUAUGCCCAGAAUGUGGAAAACGUUUUACUCGGAAAUCAUAUCUUGUUGCUCAUCAAAAAACUCACACAGGAGAGAAACCAUUUUUAUGCUCGGAUUGUGGGAAAUGUUUCACCCAGAAAUCAGAUCUUGUGAGACACCAUAGAACUCACACAGGAGCAAAGCCAUAUUCAUAUUCUGAAUGUGGGAUAUACUGUUCUCAGAAAUCAGAUAUUGUUAAACAUCAGAUGUCGUGCAUGGAAGAAGCCAUUUUUAGGCACCAUCAAUCAAGUAUAAAACAAAUAGAUUAUACAUCCCCAGACAACAAAUGGAAUCAUCAUACCUAGAGGUUGUGCAACCCUUAAGCAAAACACACAAAAGUAAUUUAUUUUAAUAAAUGGAAUAUGUUGUUCCAGAUCAAGUAGAGGAAAAAUAUGGAAUUUCUUUGAAAUUUUAACUUCUAAAACAAAUAUUUUAAACAAAUUACCAAAUAAGUCUGCAAUUCAAAGAGACUGCUUGCACACCCUUUUGAAUUUGGCCACAAUAAGGGAACUGUUAAUUGAAACUUUGGACAGCAUUAUAAAACUCUCUCAAAAGAUGUUGGUUGUUCCCAAUCUGAUGUGUAUAAACAAAAUAAGUGUUAUAAAAGGAAAAAGUCUAUGCUGAUUGGCGGUGCCUGGAGGUGAUCUCGGGCAGAGCUGGAAUCGGUACAGGUAACUUUAUGAUGGAAAACGUGUAGACCAAGGAAGAUGUUAAACAUCUGGAUAGAAAACCCUAAGCAGUGUGCUCAACAUAACAAAUAACAGAUAGGUGGAACAGUAGUCAAAAGCUGAGUGAAUUGUAAGAAAUUGGGUGAUUAAAAUGAUUUUUUUUUUUUUAAGUAUUUAAGUUUUGCAUUUUAACUGUACAUACACCACCAACAAGGUGGAAUAAUAAACAUGACCAACAACAGACUCCGUUGUCCUCAAGGAUUAGCUGUGAGGCACAGACAGGGAAUCAACUCUACAAAAGCUAGCGCCAACAGUGCAGCAGGGCACAUCUGAGACCAAUGAGAGGAGGCCCAAUAAAGACAAACACAC